GUGACACCAUGCAGCUCGACUGCGCCAUCCAUUCAAAGUUCAUUUCGGGCUGAACGUUACCGGAUGCUCUCGGUACGCUACCCGGAAAAACAGCUGUUCUCAGUAGACGUUCGAAUUUUCUUGUAGCGGUUUCGAGCGCAUCAGGUGGACGAGCGUCGAGAACGGUGGAUGAAAGUCCCAACGAGUUCCAUCGAUUGCCCUGUUCGAUAAAGGAUCGUCGAGAAUGAGCAAGGAAACAGUGAAAUCCGCUGAGAGGAUCGUACAGUACAUUUUAGUGCGUUCAGACCUUUUCACCAAGCUCAAGUGGCCGAAGGGUGCCGUCAUGGCCCAGGCAUGCCAUGCUUCCAACGCAGUUCUUCACAUGUUCAGAGACGAUACACACGUCAAGGAGUACCUCAGUGAUGUAGACAAUAUGACGACCGUGAUUCUUGGCGGCGAAAGCGAAAGCGCUCUCCUGGAGCUUCAGACUCGUCUACAGGGUGUCAUCGACCACAAGCUGUGGAUCGAACAACCGGAGGGCAUUGUGACGGCUCUGGCCACGAAACCGUAUCCGAAAUCCAUCGUGGCUCCUUACUUCACUCCCUUCAAAACUUUGAAAUGAUUCGUGACAUCCUUUUCGACUCGAUCGACGUCUCGCCGCUGUAGAUACCAGAACUCUGAGCUCUCGCGAGACCCUCUCCGACUGCACCGCAAUAUUCAGACUCGAAGAAGAAAUCUGAUCUGAUCUUUGAUGCCGACGGCACGGCGUCCUGAAGAGCAGCUGGAGUUGCUGAGGGCGUGUAGAGAUCGCGAUGAAGGAAAUGACCUGUGUACGAAUAAAGCUUCGAAAAU